GUCUUCGUCUCGGUUGCUGCUGUCAGUUUUUUUGCACAGCGGUAUCACACAAAGGAUUUCAAAAUGGCGGACGAGCUCUUCCCAAUGACGGUUUUCUGCUUCGUGUAUGUCUUGCUAAUGCGGACUGUCUUCAAAUCCCUACUGGCGGCAUCAUCGUGGAUCCCUAAGCUAUUAAAUAAACCAACCUCAGGAGAACAAACCUCUAUAGAUGAAUUGAAGAGCAUGAAGGCAGAGCAGGCCAUUAUUAGUCCACAGGAUGAAUUUGCAAGGUUUGUCAGACUUAAGCGCAAAAUUGACAAAGUAUCUGAGGAUCUCAUUGAAAAAGCAAAAUCAAGGAAUGAGAAGAUAGGGAAACAGCAAAGGUCGCUAAAAGGCAUAUUUCUUAUGUGCUUGUUUGCAGUCCAUAUAGUCUUCCUGGUAACAUAUAGAAAGACACCAAUUGUGCAGCUACCAGAGCCAUGGUUUUCCCCUCUACACAGCAUUAUCUCUUUCCCUACUGGCACCAUAGGUGCGAUUGGUCUGCCAUUCUGGAUGGUCACGUGCAAUCAGAUUGUCAGCUCCUACAUCAUCUAGAACAUUCCUUCAGAGAUUGGUAUUGUAUAUCGAUCGGUAGAUCAAUAUACAAUAACGGAUCGGUAAAAGGCUCAAAAGCCGUGGGUAUUACACCUAAAACUGGUUCAAAAGGACGGCUGAUGCUGAUGGUUACUA